AUGCCUCGAGGAGGUACUCGCCAUGUCAAUCAUUGCGUCCGUCGACGUCACUGGAUCGUAGUGAUACUGGGGGUUUGUGCACUGUGCUUCAUGUUCUUGUUCCAGUUGCGUCUGUGGUCGACUGCGAACCACGUGGACCUGCGAACGAACGCCAUUGGCACGGCCAGGGAUCCCGAUCCCGCCCAGACCGAUCAAGUCGCCGAGUUCACUCGCGUUUCUAUUGAGGCGUUAGAAACUGUGAAAAAACCGCCGAAUUUGAGGUUAUUUGGUCCCUCGCGGCUUGAGACAGCCACGGUUUUGACCCAUGGGUCAUUGGUUGUCACUACAGCUGCUCCUUUGGACCCGCUGAGAGCUCCUGGACCAAGUUCGACAGAAGCACCACCUCAUUUUUCUACAAAUCGUCAUGAUGUGGUUUCUGGAUACGAUGCAGCGAUGAAAUACUUGGCCAAUUAUACGACGCCAGAAGGGUCGAACGAGCAGCUUUUCCUGUUUUUUGUCUGCGGUGACGAACAAGGUGGGCAGACGGAGUGGCGCCGCGUGUGUGUAGACGCAUCGAAGGUGGUGUACAACGUGUUUGCCACGUCUCCAGCGCGGAAUCGGUUGUUGACGAUUCACGCCGGUUCGAGGCAAAGUUGGUCAACACCGAAUGCGUUUUUUAAAGACGGUGAUCUGAAAGUAAAAAUGAUCCCUGCAAUCAUGCAGUGGCAUGGAGGUGGUAAGGGGGCAAAGCGUGCUACAUCUGGCAUGAUCAUUGAGGAAGACUUGUUAUACGAGCCGCUUUUGCGCUACCUUUUCAAGAACGAAGAUGUUACCGACUCUCUUGUCACACCCGAGAAGAUUGCUACGAAGGAAAUUGUUGUGCUCAAGGGCUACAAUAACUACAGGUUGUAUAUGGACACGAUUGCAGCUGGAGGGAAUUCAUCGCUGACCGCUCCGGUUGGACCAAUGUUUCUCUUCUUUGUCGCCGGCCGAUUGCAAUCCAACGACCGUCCCUGGUGUCCGUACUGCCGCUACUCGGAAAUCUCGGUCGAGUAUGCGUUCUUUGCGUUUGCACCAAACCGGUCGCGACUCGUCAGGGUGGAGACGGUCGAUUCGUAUGGUUUGUGGAGAGAUCCUGCCAACGAGUGGAAGCAGGACAUGAGGUUGAUGAUUCGUGGCGUGCCAUGGAUGUAUCGGGCAUCUUUGGAUACUGAAGCCCACGCGUUCUCAUAUGAGCGCAUCAUCGAUCACUUUAAUCGUCCUGACGAUUUGCGCGGCGUCUUCGAAGGCUGGAAGAACCCGUCAAUGUAG